AAAAAACAGAGAAGUUGAUUUUGUGCGUGCCAUUGGCAUUAAGCACAACUUCUUGUCUGUCUCUAUCUUUCAAAUCUAAAACCCUAGCUUUGGAUUUCUAGGGUUCCAAAUCCUCCAUGACGAAAGUAUACGGAACCGGGGCUCUCGAUUUCAAGCGCCACCGAGUCGCCGAGUAUCCACUCAAUGAGUCAAAGCCUGGUACUAAUGCACCGAGUUCAAUCACUCUACUUGAGAUUCAGCGAGACAAGCUCACGCGAAUCGCCGAGGAGAAUUGGGCGAAAAGUGAUGGCAAGAAAUUGAAGGCGUUUAGUGAGGAGCUUGUGAGGGAGAUUUAUCACACUGAGUUGCUGGUCAAGAGUGGCAGGAAAACGGUGCCGUUGCAGCGAGUUAUGAUUUUGGAAGUCAGUCAGUAUCUGGAGAACUAUUUGUGGCCGAAUUUUGAUCCCGAGACGGCGACUUUCGAGCAUGUCAUGUCAAUGAUUCUUAUGAUUAAUGAGAAGUUUCGGGAGAAUGUUGCUGCUUGGAUUUGCUUCUACAAUAAUAAGGAUCUAUUCAACUCAUUUCUUGAGAAGGUUUUGCAUUUGAAAGAGGGAAGAAGCUUGAGUAUUGCCGAAAAGACUAAUUACCUUCUUUUUAUGAUAAACGCCUUCCAGAGCUUGGAAGAUGAGGUAGUGAGCAAAACAUUUUUAAGGUUAACAAGUUUGCAGUGUUGGCAUAGUCUAUCAUAUGGCCGUUUUCAGAUUGAGCUGUGCCUUAAUCCAGAUCUGAUUAAGAAAUGGAAAAAGGUAGCUAAAAAAGCAAAGGAGGCUAAAAAACGAGACGAGUCGUUUGAUCUAUCGACUGUGCUGGAAGUAAAGUUUUUGAGGAGUAUUGUUGAAGAGUUUUUAGAGGUACUUGAUUGUGAGGUUGUUGAUGAAUCUGGACAAGUUAAUGAAUCUUCUAUCUUGUACUGUGAGAGAUUUGUGGAAUUUCUUAUUGACCUCUUGAGCCAGCUUCCGACUAGGAGAUUUUUUAGGCCUUUAGUGGCUGAUGUAGCAGUAGUUGCCAAAUGUCAUUUGAGUUAUCUGUACAAACAUGAGAAAGGAAAGCUCUUUUCGCAAUUGGUUGACUUGCUACAGUACUAUGAGAACUUUGAGAUUGAUGACCGUUCAGGGAGGCAGAUGACCGAUGAUGAGGUGCUUCAGACUCAUUAUGAACGAGUUCACUCCUUUCAACUUUUAGCGUUUAAGAAAGUCCCAAAGCUGCGAGAACUUGCUCUGGCGAAUAUUGGAUCAAUUCAUAGGCGUGCCGAUCUUUCAAAUAAGCUUUCUAAACUUACCGAACAAGAGCUUAGGGAUCUAGUCUGUAGUAAGCUCAAACUGGUGUCAAAGAAUGAUCCUUGGUCUGAAAGGGAAGAAUUUCUGAUUGAAGUGAUGGUAUCUUACUUUGAAAGAAAACAAUCCCAGAAGGAAGCAAUAAAUGCUCUACCUCUCUACCCAAAUGAACAGAUAAUGUGGGAUGAAAGCCUUGUACCGAGCAUCAAUUACUCCGGGGAAGGAUGUCUGGCACUUCCAAAGCUUAAUCUGCAAUUUUUGACCCUUCAUGAUUACCUUCUUAGAAAUUUCAACCUCUUUCGUCUUGAGUCAACAUAUGAAAUCCGAGAGGAUAUACAAGAGGCUGUACCACACUUACUUGCCUAUGUCAAUAAUGAAGGAGAAACUGCUUUUCGUGGUUGGUCAAGAAUGGGCGUGCCGAUAAAAGAAUUUAAGAUCAGGUCUGUUAAGCAACCAAAUAUUGGAGAAGUUAAACCAUCAUCUGUUACAGCAGAAGUAACAUUCAGUAUAUCCAGUUACAAGGCACAAGUAAGAUCUGAGUGGAAUUCCCUGAAAGAGCAUGAUGUUCUGUUUCUACUUUCCAUUCGCCCGUUGUUUGAGCCUCUGAGUGCCGAAGAGGCAGAAACUGCCACCGUUCCACAAAAGCUUGGUCUUCAAUAUGUACGCGGGUGUGAAGUUAUUGAGAUGCGUGACGAGGAGGGAACUCUCAUGAAUGAUUUCACUGGUCGAAUUAAACGAGAUGAAUGGAAGCCUCCAAAAGGAGAACUGAGAACUGUAACUGUUGCUCUAGAUACGGCACAGUAUCAUAUGGAUGUUACUGAUAUUGCAGAAAAAGGUGGAGAUGAUGUUUAUGGUACAUUUAAUGUAUUGAUGAGGAGAAAGCCCAAGGAAAACAAUUUUAAAGCAAUUCUGGAAUCUAUUAGAGAUCUAAUGAAUGAAACUUGUAUUGUGCCUGAUUGGUUGCAUGAUAUAUUUUUGGGCUAUGGGAAUCCCUCUGCAGCACAGUGGACUAACAUGCCUGAUCUUCUGGACACCGUAGAUUUUAAAGAUACUUUCCUUGAUGCUGACCAUGUUUUACAGUGUUUUCCAGAUUAUCAGGUUUCUUUUUUGAAUACGGAUGGCACAGAGAACCUUUUACCAAGUCCUCCCUUCCGUAUCAAACUUCCUAGAAAUCUAAAAGGCAAUGUUCAUGCUCUUCCUGGUAAUGAGAAGUCUGCUGUAGCAUCAAUUGAUGCUGUUGGCAAAGCAGACAAUGGUUCUGAGAAAGAUACACUGAUUGUUGAGGCUUAUAUCCCUCCUGAUCCAGGCCCAUAUCCCCAGGAUCAGCCAAAGCAGAACUCAGUUAGAUUCACCCCGACACAGAUUGGAGCUAUCAUCUCAGGUAUUCAGCCUGGGCUAACUAUGGUUGUUGGUCCACCUGGUACAGGAAAGACUGAUACUGCUGUGCAGAUCUUGAAUGUCCUAUAUCACAACUGUCCUUCUCAAAGAACACUGAUAAUUACUCAUUCAAAUCAAGCUUUGAAUGAUCUCUUUGAGAAGAUAAUGCAGAGGGACGUGCCUGCUCGUUAUCUUCUCCGUCUUGGUCAAGGUGAACAAGAGUUAGCAACAGAUCUUGAUUUCAGUCGCCAAGGCCGUGUUAAUGCAAUGCUUGUUAGACGGUUAGAAUUGCUUGCUGAAGUAGAGAGGCUAGCGAAAUCUCUUCAAUUGCCCGAGGAUGUUGGUUAUACAUGUGAAACAGCUGGAUACUUCUGGUUGCUUCAUGUGUAUUCUCGUUGGGAACAAUUUCUGGCUGCAUGUGCUAAGCCUGAGAAUAAAGAGAAACCCAGCUUUGUUCAUGAUUUCUUCCCCUUUAAAGAGUUCUUUACGAAUAGUCCAAAUCCAAUUUUUACCAGCCAGUCCUUUGAGAAAGACAUGCGUGCAGCUAAAGGGUGCUUUCGCCAUCUAAAAACCAUGUUCCAAGAGCUUGAAGAGUGUCGGGCUUUUGAAUUGCUCAAGUCUACAGCUGAUCGGGCAAACUACUUGAUGACCAAACAGGCAAAAAUUGUAGCAAUGACUUGCACUCAUGCAGCUCUGAAGCGGAAAGAUUUUCUUCAGCUGGGAUUUAAGUAUGAUAAUCUACUAAUGGAAGAAAGUGCUCAAAUUUUGGAGAUCGAAACUUUUAUUCCAAUGUUGCUUCAGAGACAGGAAGAUGGAUACGCUCGACUGAAGCGCUGUAUUUUGAUUGGUGACCAUCACCAAUUGCCUCCAGUUGUAAAGAAUAUGGCUUUCCAAAAGUACAGUCACAUGGAUCAGAGUCUAUUCACAAGGUUUGUCCGACUGGGUAUACCAUAUAUUGAGCUCAAUGCACAAGGUAGAGCUAGGCCAAGUUUAGCUCGACUCUACAACUGGAGGUAUAGGGAUCUGGGAGAUCUUCCAAAUGUGAAGGAGAAUGCCAUUUUCCAUAGAGCAAAUGCUGGGUUUUCCUAUGAUUAUCAGUUAGUAGAUGUGCCUGAUUACCAUGGGAGAGGUGAGAGUGCUCCUUCUCCAUGGUUCUAUCAAAAUGAAGGAGAGGCUGAAUAUCUUGUCAGUGUCUACAUUUUCAUGCGCUUAUUGGGAUACCCCGCAAAUAAGAUUUCCAUCUUGACAACUUAUAAUGGCCAAAAGCUGCUGAUUCGUGAUGUCAUUAGCAGACGAUGUGUACCAUAUGAUUUCAUUGGCCCACCACACAAAGUUACAACAGUCGACAAAUUUCAAGGUCAACAAAAUGAUUUUAUAUUGCUAUCGCUUGUCCGUACUCGCUUUGUGGGUCACCUUCGUGAUGUUAGAAGAUUGAUUGUUGCCAUGUCUCGUGCACGUCUGGGCCUAUAUGUUUUUGGUCGACGAUCACUGUUUGAACAAUGCUACGAACUGCAACCCACAUUUCAGCUUCUGCUUCAGAGACCAGAUCUGCUUGCCCUUAAUUUAAAUGAGGUUACAGCAUUUACCAAUCGUCACGUGGAGGACACUGGACAAGGGCAACUUGUCAGCGGGGUUGAAGAGAUGGCUAGUAUUGUCAACUACAAAAUGGAUCAGGUGUAUCAGGCACGGAUGCUGAGCUUUCCUGCCUACUCAGAACAUGCACCAAUGAUGAGUAUAUCAGGGCAAAAUGGUCUUCAGAACUCAUUGUCCUCAGGUGAUAUGAUGGAUACUGAUACACCUGCAUCACAAAAUGGGUCCCCGGAAGACGUGCCAGCUGAGCAUAAAUCUCAAGAUCCUACAGUUGUAGAACACCCAUCAGCGGCAGAGGGAGAGAUGGGUCCUCAAAGUGUAAAUGGAAAUCUCACAACAGAAGCACCUGGAGUUGACGGUAAUAGUAUAGCCCCUGGUAACAGUUUAGAUGAGGAAAGGGGGGAGUAAAAACUCACCAGGUAUGCCCAUCUGGACUUUGGAAGGGAAAAGACUUGACAGUUACAGGCAACUGGGUGCAUCAAUAUUCAGUGGUGCAUCUUGAGGAAGUCAGGAAGCACACGAAAGAGGUCUUAUUUGUCUAGAGCUUAGUAUGUCUCCUUUUGAACUUGGUUUCCAGAAGAAGCAACAGUUUGUAUGCUAGAAACCAGUGAUCUCUCAUUUUGGCUGGGGUGCAAAAUGUAUGGGAAAUCUUGCCUGGCAUGUAUCAACUAUUAACCCAGAGAAAAAAACCCUUCAACUAUUUUUGCAUUCAGCUACAGGGCAAUACUACUGUUAUUGUAGAAAACUUGAGUACUGACUAGGCAUCCGACGGCAUUUAAACUAAAUUCUACAUGCUUGUUAGUUGUUGACUUAUUGUACAGAUGUGUAGACCUCUUUACUUGAUAUUUAUCUAUUCCAUAAUUGUGGCUAA